AUCACAUCCGGGGCAGGAGCUAAGAAGCGCACCCAUAAGCGUGGUCUCUUCCCACAGGAGCAGCUGUGAAGCGGCUGCGGCAAUAGCAGACAGCGAUCACGUUGCGUCUACAAUCAUGGACACCGCUCCUCUGCCACCUGCGUGCUCGUACCUUGAGACAAUCGGCAACACGCCAAUGGUGAAGCUGGACCGCUGCGUUCCGGCCGCGUCCAAGCAGGCGACGAUUCUCUGCAAGCUGGAGAUGCAGAACCCCGGCGGCUCCCUCAAGGACCGGAUCGCUCUCAACAUGAUCGAGGAGGCGGAGGCGCGUGGGGACAUCACGCCGGGCAAGACCACGAUCAUCGACUUCACGUCUGGGAAUACGGGCAUCGGCUACGCGAUGGUUGCCGCCGCCAAGGGCUACAAGUGCAUCGUCAUCAUGCCCAAGGUGCGGCCGAUGCUCGAGCGCUACUUGAUCUGCCGCCAGUUUGGCGCGGAGGUCCACCUCUUCAAUCCGUCGCUCGGCGCGCCCGGUGCGCUCAAGUACGUCAAGGACCAGCUCGCCGCGAACCCGCACUACUGGUGGCCAAACCAGCUGGGCAACCCGGACAACCCGGCGGUGCACGAGAGGACGACCGGACCGGAGAUCUGGAAGCAGGCCGGCGGCGCGGUCGACUACUUCAUCCACGGCAUCGGCACGGGUGGCUGCGUCGCCGGGGUCGGUAAGUACCUCAAGUCGGUCAACCCAAAGUGCCGGGUGAUCGCGCUCGAGCCGACCGAGGCGCGCGUGCACACCGGCGCUUCGCCCAAGCCGCACGGCGUCGUCGGCUGGGCGCCCGGCGUCCACUCCCAGUUCCUCGACGGCUUCGGCAAGGCGCCCGAGGAGCUGUCGGACGCACCGCGCGGCGUCGUCGACGAGUGGGGGCACGUCGCGACCUCGGAGGCCGUCGCGACGUGCCUGCAGGUGACGUCGGCCGAGGGAAUGAUGGUUGGGCCCUCGUCGGGCGCGGCCAUCAAGUACGCCUUCGACGUGGCGGCGCGCCCGGAGGCCAAGGGGUCGACCAUCGUGGUCGUGCUGCCGAGUCACGGCAUCCGCUACGUCGCCCACCCGCUCUGGGCCGCCGUCAACGCAGAGGCGAACGAGGCGCUGCCCCCGGGCGAGGCGCCGUGCUCGGACAAGGAGCAGCCCAUCCUGCUCUGGGCCUCGGAGGAGUACAAGAAGGCGUGAGCUGCCUUCGCCCGCAUCGCCCGCGCGCGCGACAGGCUGAGAGAGUGUACUACUACGUGGGUCGAGUAGAGGUGGCAGUACUACCGUGAUGCGUGGAGGCUCGAGCUGGGAUGUUAAUGUAAUCGAUACUUGUUACUUCCAUCUUCCUC